AUGCCCGAGGCCCCGCAGGCUUUCCUGGAGCCCCCGCUCUCGUCGGACAUGGCGAUGGUGAGGAGCGUGGUCGAGGAGCUGCUCGACAAGCAGACCUGCACGCUCGAGGGCUUGUUUCGCGAGAGCGUGGGCGAGCUUGCCGGCGGUUUCGACGAGCAGGCGGAGAGUCAGACGCCUUCGCUGCGGCAGCAGUCGAAGCGCGUCUCGUCGACAGACUCGAUGAGCGCCGAGCCCGAGUUCGCCUGCUCCGCCACCUGGCCCUCCACUGCCGCCAAUGGUCGCAACGAGAACGGAUACAGGGUAGCCUCAUCAAGUUUCCAGUUCGCGAAUUCUGCACCCAAGCUCAAUGAGGCGCAAGAUUUGGCUGCCGAUAAGGCGGUGUGCAGCACCAGUUCGCUGUACUCGGAGGAGGAACCGUUCGAUCUGGGCGUGUCCAGGCUUGCAGACCCCUUCGCGUUCGCCAGGAACUGCGAGGUGGCAGAGAGCAACAGGGACGGACGGGCCCGGAGGCUGUCGACGCUGCGCGAGCACAUUGGGUCGGAAUACACAGAGUCCUGGUCUAGAUUCGAGAGUUGCCUCGAAUGGUGGGAAAACUUGAAGGAGCCCCCUCGGCACCGCAGGAUCGACAGGAUAGUGCGGAGCGCCACGUUCGAGUGGGCAUGCUUGAUUGUCAUCUGCCUCAACAUGAUUUUAAUCGCCUACGCGACGGACUACGAGAUGAAGAAUCGUAGCAGUCUCCGCUACACAUGGGUGAUGGCAGUGGAGUUUAUCUUCGCUGCGUGUUAUGUAGUGGAGAUCUCACUGCGACUCGUUUCAUCGGGGGUGUUCUUUUUCAUCGGCAGCAACUACGCCUGGAACUUGUUUGACCUCUUCUUGGUUGUUGUGACACUCUUCAGCCAGGUCGCCGGAACGACGGCGACGAACUGGACCGUCUUGCGCACCCUCCGCCUGCUCCGCGUGGCAAAGGUGAUCCGCGCCGUUCGGCUCCUGCACAGGCUAGGGCUAGAUGAGUUGAUGCUGAUGCUGAGAUGCAUCAUGGGCUCGAUGUCGCAGCUCUGCUGGUGCGUCGUCCUUUUGGCAUUCAUCUCGUUCCUAUUCGGCAUCUGUUUCGUGCAGGUGUUGGCCGGGUUGAUGGAGGAUGGCAGCCUCUCGCCGAGAGAGGAGGACGAUAUCAAGACAAAUUUCGGUUCUGUUUAUGUGACAAUGAUGACCCUCGUGCAGGCCACAACAGGCGGCCGCGACUGGGGCGAGACCUACGACCUGCUUGGGCUGGGCGGCAUGCAGCUUCAGAUGCUUUUUUUGUUUUACAUUGUGUUCAACAUCGUUUCCCUUUGGAAUGUCAUCACCAGUGCCUUCGUGGAGAAGGCUUUGCAGCUUGCCCGCCCCCCUGCUGACCGGGUGCUGGAGGAGCAGUACGCGGAGGAGAGAAAGGCCGCAGCGACGUUCAGGCAGUUGUUCGAGAGUGCGGAUGAGGAUGGUUCCGGCACGAUUUCGCUCCAGGACCUCGAGGUAGACAUCAACACGCUCGUCGGCUGCUGCAUCCGGAUCAAGGGCCUGGCCACGAGCCUCGAUCUCCACACGGUCCGCCACGAAUUGUGGGAGCUGCGGCGCAUCCAGAACGAGAUGCUCCGCAGGGUCCAGGGGCUGCGCCGCCGCCGCCACCACACAGCGGGCGCGACGAGCGCCGCCACCCCCCGGCGUGCGACCGCCACGG